UAAUUUUUCAGGAAACAAAAUUCAAUCAAAAUGAAAAGAGAACAAAUGACUGCCAAAAUAAAAGAACGAUGAACACAGUCAAGCGGGACCGGGAUUGAAACAAAGUCUACGUCGCACUAGUGUCUGACCAGAUUAAUUUUGUAUUGGAAAUGCCUUAGCCCUUCAAAGUUAGGGAUCGUGGUGUGUUGAUCGAUGACUUCUACAAAGUUCAGGGACUUGGACUAACCUUGUGGAUUUAACACGAGUUUUGUGAUUAAUUAAUACGUGUGACGAUGUAUCACUAAUACGACGCCGAAACAAUUCACAGACGGAAUUAAUGUAGAAGAUGUGUCAUGUCGAUCAGAAUUACCUGAUAAAUAUUUCAAUACAUUAAAUUAUAUUAGAAGGUAUUGUCUCCUCCGUAGUUUGAGCUUCCCAUCUUCUCAAUCAAAACUGUAGUAGUGACCAGUAUAUAUAAAAAGUUUAAGUUCUAUUUUGUUGGAGUGCAAUUUUAACAAAAUUUUGUUGAAUUUAUGUAUAUUCAUGUAUAUCAUGUGCAGAAAAAUUCAUUUAGCACAUAAUUCUAUAGUACCCUUUGCUGCCUGCAGAUAGCAAGUUUCGUUUCGUUGAAGUUACGUGAUUGAUUCCAAAACGGUUCAAUUUUGAACAUUAAUUUUUGAAAAAACCACCGUCCCGACAAAUUACACUAAUUAGCAUGUAAAAGAAUGUGUCUCAUUCAAAACGUGAGCUAUUUUAGUACUUUCUCGGAAAUUUUGAAUUUAAAUAGAUCCUUGGUGAUUCAUCAAGUAUGACAUUAGAACUGGAUUUUCAUCGUGGAAAAUAUAACACAUACUGAAGAUGGGUCAAUUGAUGAGUUCGAUUGGUUGUGGCGACAACAAGACUGAAGUGAAAAAACUCCCAGCUUCGAAAAAUUCAUUUCCGGAAGAAAAUGAUCGACCAACAUCGGCUCUAACCCUAGUGGACUUAAACCAAGCCGAACUAGAGAAAAACUUCCUCAGAGAAAGCAGCAGCGCUAACAUCAAAAACAGAAAUAUUAACAAUAACGUUGAUAUGGGGUCGGCGGGAUCGUCGGGAAGAGGUUCAAAACCACCAACUCCUGCCGAUGGGGACAAACUUUAUGGGAAUGGAGCCCCAAUUUCCUUCAUAAGUGGGAGAAUUCCCUCGGCCUACGACAGUAUCCCGUCCAGUGACCUGGGGGAAUCCCUGGACGUGAGAAGAGCAGCCCGACUCUUCAGAAACGAAUCUCAGAGCUUACCAAACACAACUUCAGAUCCAACAGAAGAAUUUAAACCAAAUUUUGAUGAAGAGAACCCGCCCCCCGGCACCGCUUCGUUUUUCCACACCCCACACUCCGCGUGCAGCGGGGAGUCGUCGGACUCGGGGAUUUCAGAUCCUGGGGAAGAAUAUGCUUUUGUUAUUACAGAAAAUUCCCCACCUGAAGUCGUGAAGAAAGUCGAAGAAGCAUUCAUUCCCGUAGAGAACUUAAACCUGAUAAUUACUGGCAAGGCCUGUCCUCGUCUACUGAGCGGCUACCAACAAACCAGGGUGGAGGAGGCCGCCAUCUUGGAGAGUCUGCGUCAGGAAGGCUUCAUCGCCACCAGCAAGAGCAAGUCUGCUGGUGGCAUAUCUUUUGAGGUGGUAGAGGCCGCCCCCGGGACGGUGAGCGUUGGGAGCAUCAAGCCGGAGAACCUGGUGCCUAUUCCGGCCGUGCGGAAGAUGGAGGCCCGGCGCGCCAGAUUCGGUCCGGGCGACCGCACGCAGGAGGAGCUUGAAGAGCGAUGGUCCGGCGCCGAGCAGCGGCGCCAGGCUGAGCUGGACGCACGUAAGGAGAAAAUGGCAGAGUUGAUAAGGAAAACUGAGGGCGAGAAAGAAAAAAUGGAACAGCUAGCCAAGCGCCAUGAGACCAAGACAGAAACAGCGAUAGCCAACAGGGAAGUGCACCUAAAGGAGCUUCGUGACAAGCUCAAGGCCAAGAACCAACACGCCCAGCACGUCAAGCUCAAAAAACUCAUCAACGGCCCCCCGGUACCCGUUCCCCUGGUGCGGACCGUCUCGGACUACGGGCCAGACCGAGUCAUAAGUAACGUCGACCUUUUCUUUAAGUGAACACCGCUAUGAAAUUUAUCGGGAAUACCUGAAGGCUCAAUUUAUUUUUUAAGAACGAUAAUGAGCUAUAAUUGUGUCAGGGUCAUAGUUAGAUACGAAGAUCUCAUUUAUUAAGUGCGUAGUAGUAAUCGGUUCAUUGCAAGCAUGUGUAACAUGCACUCCCGCACUUGGUACCUCUGAAUAACGCCCGAGGAAGUUUAAACAAAAGGAAAAACAAGCAGAAUUGCGGACAGGAGAUUGUUUUGGUCCACAAAUAAUGUAAUGUGUUCCAUGAUUCGAGUGGUGCAGUAAAAUUGAAUUUAGACUGAGCUGACGAAACCGCCAGACCUUCCAUCUUUAUCUCGAUCCUAAAUUAGGAAUAAUUUUGCAAAGUGGGAAGUGGAACUUGAAAAACCAAGGAAGUGAAACUUGCCAAGUAGGACGUGAGGGUUCAGACCAUAUUUUCCAUGGUUGAACUAUACAAGGCUGACCCUCGAGGAUUUCCGCGUUUCAGUUCAGCUUUCACUGAGAUCGUGAAACGUGAACAAUCCCAUCAUUCUCACGACGGAUUGGUAGACUGGUUUGAUCGCCUUUCGGUGAUUGGUUAAUGCCCUUAACGUCACUGAGAUCAGUGACGUCA